UAUGGCGGACGCUGUCAGUGGUUUGCGUAAGUUUACUACGGAUUUAUCACUAUACGAAAAAGGAAGACCAGAAUACACACAAGAAUCUGUUAAAUUUCUCCUAAAUCGUGUUGGUGUACUACCCUGGGACAGGAAGGAGUCCAUAAAACUUUUAGAGAUUGCCUCUGGAACCGGAAAAUUUACGCGAGCAAUGGUUAAGGUGCUCGAGGGAGAAAAAGCUAAUGUGGAAGUCAUUGCCAGUGACUCUCAGGAGGUAAUGUGCGACACGUUCCGACGUCUAGUCCCUGGUAUUGAGGUACAUCGCUUCCCGGCAGAAAAAAUUGCACUGCCAGAUGAAAGCAUUCCAGUAAUAAUUUGUGCACAAUCAUUUCACUGGUUUGCAAGUGAAAAGUCUGCUGCUGAGAUUUGUCGAGUUCUGAAGCCUGGAGGGAAGUAUGGCAUGAUUUGGAACCACAGAGAUUUAUCUGUUCCAUGGGUGAGAGCCAUGCAAGAUAUUGUUGAUCCGUUUGUGAGACAAAAAGAUAUGCCAGGUGAUCCUAGAGAACUAAAAUGGAUGGAAAGUUUAAAUAGCUCUGGGAAAUUUACCUCUGUAGAAAGGGACACCAGCUGUAGAACAUAUGUGGAAGGCAACAUUGAUAGAAUAAUGUCUGUGAUCAUGUGUAUCAGUGCAAUCAGCCAAAGCAGUGAGGAAAAGAUAGCAAUGGUCAAAUCUGAGAUUAGUGAUAUUCUACUCAACCACCCUGAUUUAAAAGGAACACAAGUUUAUAAGCUACCUUAUAUCACAGAUAUCUGCUGGUGUACUAAAUUAUGAUCAGACUUCAUGAUUGUGGUUAGUGUUUGUUAAACAGUAACACAAGGUACAGUAGACCAGCAACUUCAGGCUUGUAAAGAAAAAUGAAAGCUUCGGUGGAAUAUAGUGUGAUAAGUGGAUAAAUUAAUUUUUCAGUAUUUAACUUGAAUGAAUUAUGGCUAUUAAUAAGCCCAUGUUUUUUCACUUAUUUUUGAUUAAGGAAGGCUAACAGCCUUUGGAUUAUUCAGAUUAUGUAUGUUGAUUACCUUGGUCUCAAAUUCUCGUAUACCAGUCAUAAUUUAGAUCAAGGUAGAUGUACUGAUAGGUAAUCAGCUAAUUACAACAAUUAGGAUAUGUUAGAAAGUGAAUUAUAAAGUCAUAGUUCGAAUUGGUAAUUAUUGUUUGGAAAAUAAACAUGUCUAUCACCAGAAA